UAGACGCAGGAAUGGGUAAGAAACGCCGAUUGCCAGUUGUAGAAGUCGGCGAAGGACCCUCGAGUUCACGACAGAGAGGGGAGGAGCUGCAAGCCGCCCAUACUAGUGAUGCUGGGUCACAACCCACAGGAAAGGAGAGGGACCAUCCAUUGACAAUUGUGCAAGUUGGCCAAGGUUCAUCACGCUCACGAGACAUCAUGCAGGAGGAGUUAAGGGCCGCCUAUGAUGCUGAGCACGCAAGAUGGGAGGAAGGAGAUGAUUAUGAUGAUGAUGAGACACAGCCGCCUUCUGCAGGCGAUUUGGUCCAAGAAACCGCACCAUCCAAUGAUGGGCGUGCAGAAGAUUCAGUUCGGGAAUCCCCAAUAUCUAAUAAUAUAAAUAAAAAACGUGGAAUAACGCUAAUGCAGCGUAUAUGGGCUCUUCCACCGAACAAGAAACUUGUAUGUGGGUUAAAUGGGAGCAAGCAACCGGUUGGGGAAAGCGGGCAAACAUUCAAAAGGUGGUUGGGCACCUUAUGCAUCUGCCGCAACUAUUGCCCACUUAUGCCUGCUACUUGGACGCAUGUCGACCGUAAAUGCAAAGAAAACGCUUGGGUAGAGAUAGAGAAAAAAUGGAUCAUUGACCCAGAGAUUAUUAGCCCAGCUAAUCAAAUGAACUGGGCAAUGCACUUGUUAGGAGAGUUGAGAAGAAACCGAAGAAGUAAGUUAAAAAAAAAAAUGCUACCCAAAAGAUGCGUUAAAAGAAGAUGUUUAUCAAAGUAAACCAUCUUGGGCUGACGAGCAGGACUACCGCGCACUAGUUGACUAUUGGUUUGAUGCUAAAACGAAGGACUUAGUGGAUACGAACAAGAGAAGUCGUUCGUUUCAGACGGAUAUAGCGAGGACAGGGCCU